AGAGGGAUAAGUAAAGGCUUUGCGAUGAUGCGGCAAAAGUCCCCUGCGCAACAUUCCGAAUGGGGAAGCCGCGCCGCCCCCCACACUGCUCGCGUUGUCUUGGCAGUGGCUGUUGCACGUCAAUUCGACAGCCUGUCGCAGCCUGCUACCGUCGGCUGACAGCAAGUAUGCAGGUAAGCGCUGGGCACGUCGCAAGGCUGAGGAGCUGAGAGUCUGCGAGGAUGCCAGACCCCGUUCCUUUCUCACAGCGGUGAUUUCGCUCUCCCCGUCUCGCCCUUUUACACGUACUCAUUUCUUGACAACAUCACAUGGCGCGCCCGCUGCGCCGCGAAGAUUACACGGUGGGAUGGGUGUGUGCGCUGCCUGUGGAGCUGGCAGCAGCACAGGAGAUGUUUGAUGAAGAGCACCCUGACCUUCAACAUGAUGCCACCGACAACGACGAGAACUUGUACGCCUUAGGCUCAAUCAGUGGCCAUAACGUCGUUAUUGUAUGCCUGCCUGCUGGUAGAAUCGGCAACAAUCCAGCAGCCGCUGUUGCGACCCAAAUGCGGGCGACGUUCAAGCAAAUCCGAUUCGGUUUGAUGGUGGGCAUCGGCGGCGGCGUGCCGAACACGAGCGCUGAGGCAGAUGUUCGGCUUGGAGACGUGGUGAUCAGCCAGCCGCUCGGGAAGUUCGCUGGAGUCGUGCAGUACGACUCAGGCAAAUCGACAACGAGCGGGUUCGAGCGCACAGGCGCGCUCAAUUCACCACCGCAAAUCCUACUGUCAGCUGUUGCAAAGGUGCGAGCGAACGAGAUGCGGGGCCGGAGCAAGCUAGGUGAUCAUAUCAAGAAGCUGGGGAAGAUCGGCAAGUUCCAGCGCAGCAAGGCUGGGCCUGACAUUCUAUUUGAGGCAGCCUACAAGCACGACGGGGCGCAGACGUGCGAAAAGUGUAGCCCUGACAGACACGAGGCUCGAGAGUCGCGUGACAGUGAGGAAGAGGUGAUUCUACACUACGGAACCAUCGCCUCGGGCAAUCAGGUGAUCAAGGACGCAACUGUAAGGGACAGUCUCAGUGCAGAGCUUGGUGGAGUGCUGUGUUUUGAGAUGGAAGCGGCAGGGCUGAUGAAUAGCUUCCCGUGUCUUAUUAUCCGGGGUAUCUGCGACUACGCGGAUUCACACAAGAACAAGAAGUGGCAGCCCUAUGCAGCGGCGACAGCAGCAGCUUACGCGAAAGAAGUGUUAUCAGCGAUACCUCCAGCGGAUGUAGCUAAAGCGCGCACAGCAGAAGAGACGAUUAGAGACGCAAGCGCCGAGCCAACAUACUGCAUACCUUUCCUGAAAAACCGGCACUUCGUUGGACGACGCGACGAGCUCGCUAAACUACAACAGCGACUGUUCGUGAAUCAAGAUUGCCAGAAGAUGACCAUUGUCGGGCUUGGCGGAACUGGCAAAACACAAGUGGCACUGCAAUUUGCGUACAUGGUGAAGGAGGCUCAACCAGAGCGUUCAAUCUACUGGAUGCCUGCAGUGAGUAUGGAGACCUUCGAGAAGGCAUGCGCAGACAUCGCAGAAGCACUUGGUAUACCACAAGAAACAAUCAAAAAAGAAGACCCAAAAGAGCUGGUGCGACAGCGGCUGAGGUCAAAUCGAGCAGGGCCAUGGCUGCUAAUCGUCGACAAUGCUGACGACAGAGACAUUUGCUUGGGGACUGGACAGCGGAAAGGCAUUGUCGACUACCUCCCACAGAACGAGAGUGGCGUUGUUGUGUACACGACGCGCACGCCAGAGAUGAUUGGCUUGACACCUGGUGACGCUAUAGAGCUUGGAGAGAUGAGCCGUGAAGAUGCCACAGAUUUUCUAACCAAAUCACUAAACAGAAAAGAUCUUCUCAGCGACGACGCAGUGUCAACGAAGCUGCUAAACGAACUACUGGACGAGCUGACGUGCCUGCCGCUAGCCAUUGCGCAGGCAGCCGCCUACCUGAACAAGAACCGCAUGUCCGUCUCGAAGUACUUAGAGCUACUCAAAGAUACUGAGCAGGGCCUGGUGGAAAUUAUGAGCAAGGAAUUCCGCGACGACACACGGUACAGGGGCUCGGGAAACGCAGUGGCUACAACGUGGGUGGUAUCAUUCAGUCAGAUUCGCAGAUAUGAUUCGGUGGCGACACGUCUGCUCGAGUUCAUAUCAUGUGUGGAGUGGAGGGCCAUCCCGCAAUCGAUGCUGCCGCGAGCACAGUCGAAAAUAGAGAUGGAGGAGGCCAUCGGCACUCUUUGCGGAUACUCAUUUCUAGUGAGACGAGGUGGCGAUAGCGACAGAGCAAAGGAGGAGGGUCGCGGCAUAACAAAUACAUUCGACGGCGAGUUGUUCGACAUCCACCGACUUGUUCACCUAGCGACCCGAAUCUGGAUCAAAGAAUACGGGAAUCCCACAGAGGUGGCAGGUGACGCUAUACGAUGCCUUGAAUACAUCUUUCCGUUCAGUGAUCACGCGAGCCGAUACAAAUGGCGGGCCUACAUGCCGCACGCACUGCGACUGCUUGGGGCCUCACAGGACUGCGAUGUGAAAGAGAGAUCGGCACUGUGUAUGUGGGUUGGGCGAUGCUUGGGAGUCGAUGGCAGGAUCCGGGAAGCAGUGAGAUGGCUGGAGGAGUCUUACAGACUCAGGAGUAUGUUGGAGGAGGACGAUCUGGAUCUUCUGUUUUCUCAGCACGAACUGGCCGUCGUCUACGAGCAGGAUGGACAGAUCAAAAAGUCGCUCAAAGUAAUAGAGUCUGUAGUAAAAGCACAAGAAACACUACAGGCAGAUCACCCCUCAUGGUUGGCUUCACAGCACGCGCUUGCAAUGGCAUAUAGAGCUGAUGGGCAGGUAACGAAGGCAGUAGAACUGCUAGAGAUUGUAGUAAAAGCACAAGAAACACUAGAGGCAGAUCACCCCUCACGGCUGGCUUCACAGCACGCGCUUGCAAUGGCAUAUAAUGCAGACGGGCAGGUGCAGAAGGCAAUAGAGCUGCUAGAG